AUGAUGCUACCGCUGGUUCUUCCCCUCGCAUGCCUGAAGGUGUCAAGCCUUUGUGUGGCUACGUGCACCCUGACGAUGUCAAGAAAUGGAUGAUGUACGACUUGAUGCCUGGCUCUGGUGUGAAUGUUCACCAAGAAAACUACAACGUUGCCCUGUCUAAGACUAGACAGGAUCACAGUGAGCUGGUGGGAGCAAUCAUUGCUGAGCCACCAAAGCCAUAUCAGAGAUCCUUGGACAGAAGCAUAGUUCAUGCUAUUCUUGGAUUCUGCCAACAUCAUACCCAUGAGCUGGCAAAUGAUAUCCGUAGAACUAUGCAACAGAAGAUUGGCUAUGCUAAGUUCUAUUUUGUGAAGAAAACCUUGGAUCCUGACUCUCCCAAAACCACUCCUGCAUCAAUUUCAGUAGAAGCAUCUCCAAGGAGAAUGUCAAUGGAGAUGGCACGCCGUGGAGCUAUAGGGUUGCCAUUGGAAUUUUCACUAAAAGUACACACCGGGGAGUUUAAGAGGAGAAGAGUCAGUGGCACCUUUUCUAGAGGUUUAUCUGAAAGAGAUGAUGUAACCGCUCACCUUCCACCCAGACAAAUGCCAGAUUUAUCUUCUAGUAAUUACAGUGAGAUUACUAAUGACCUGCCAAACAGACUGAGUGAUGAAUUUGAAAGACAGACCAUGUCCAUCUCAGCAGAUAUUCUUUCGGACAGACUGCCUGCAGAUGAAGCAAACAGACUGGCAUUAAGUAUGUUAGCCAAGAAGAUUUCUGCUGAACUUGGCAGCCAAAUUUCAUGUGAUUUUUCUGGUCAAAUAUCUGCUGAUUCUUCCAGCAGAUUACCAGACGAUCUCUCCACAAGAUCAAUAGCAGGACUUUCAGACAGGUCGACAGAUCUGUCUUCUAACAGAAUGCCAGCAGAACGUGUUGUUAGCACUACCCUGGACAUACUGUCUGGACGAACACCAGAAACCAGUUUGAGUGAACUGGCCAACAGAAUAGGAUCUGUGCCUGGAGGAGUGUCCAGUGGAUUCCUGGACAUGCUUAAUAAUAUUUACCCCAGCAGGUAA